GUAUAAUCUAUGCAGGCUUCUGAAGCAGCUAACAUUUUUAACUCGUAAUUCCUGGUAGCACUCAAUUUUGUUAUUGAUUUUUGACGUUGAGUAGGUAGCUGGUAGGAACCUACCUAGGUAUCCAUCCACUAUCCAGGUACAUACUUGGUCGAAAGACAUUUUUGAACUUUAAGUGAAUAUGUGUGUUAAAUAACGAAAAUGUCACCAUCUUAUAGACAGACAUAAAUCAUCUCACUGGAAACAUGGCACUCAGGGUACCAACACCAGAGCUAAGCUGCAUAGAUCCCGAGAACUACAGACAGUAUUUUAGAGCCUUAUGCUGGAGUGGCACAAGAAAAAAUGACAAAAAGACUCAUAAGAAAAUUGGGAAAAAAGAUAAGUUCCACAGACUAAAAGCUGGAGGUACUCUUACAAUAUGCUACGCACCUGCUCUUCUGGGCAAUCCAUCUCAAUUUGCUGUUUAUGCUACGGUUAGGCGAUCCAUAUUGGCCCGUUGGAGAAAUCUCCAAAGUAAUUCUUCAGAGGCAUCUGAUGACAGCGACAAUGAAGAAGGUGUUUCCCCAGUUCCUAUCAACAAAUUGCCUAAGAUCACAGGAGUAGGUCUUCGUACAGUUUUCUCUCUUAUUUCACAAGCUAAGAUAACCAAUCCGCAUUUUUGCGAGCAAGCGUUAAAAGCACUCUUAGAUGUACUGCAAGGGCAUUCUCCUGAAGAGCUUUCGCAAGAACCAACCGAUAUGAUCUUUAAUAUACAUUCUAUGCUAGUUGAAGUGUCUAGUGGUGUGAGCCCUAGUGGUCGUUCUGAACAUCCUUCAAAACUCACAGCUUUAAGCAGCUCUUGUUUAAUUGCAUUGUCAGUCGCACGUGGCGAAGCUGAAUUAAUAUUAAAUGCAGCGGCCUCCUUGGCAAUGUGUGCUCCAUUGUACUUAGACCAAUACUUGAAGACUCCUGCAAAUCUGACCACGCUACAACGAAGCGUUCAGUCCGUUAUUCUGGGUUCUCCAUCCCGUAACCAGUGGUUGCAGUACGGUGUACCAUCACUGUCGCUCAUCAACAGUUUUCCUGUAGAUCUUCCAGUUUCGUUAACGUCUGGUUCGGGUGACCUAGUUGUACGGUCUCUUGUAUCGGACGGUUGUUAUCUCUAUGUUUUCACUUCCAAAGGAUUGUUGAAGAUUGGCUCUGGUUAUGGCAGUUCUAUAAAGCAACAUGUUUAUUCUUAUAAACCAGAUUUUUUCGCGGGUGAGCGACAUGGAUGGCUUGGGUAUUGUAGAACUAAGUUGUUUGUAAGAAUUGGUAGAAAAAAGACUGAUAUCUACGAAAUAGAUAGAGAUACACUAGAAGUACGACAAACAAUCAAAUUAGAUCCAGGGCUACCAGCACCGAUUGAAUCUAAAUCCGCCGUGUUUAGUGAUGGCAAUCAAAUUGGGCUAAUCUUACUCACAAAAUUUGACACGUUGACGAUACGAAUGUAUAGUGUGGACACUGCAAGUCGUCAGGAAGGAACAAACAUCUUGACUUCACAGAAAGAAUUCAAUGUGCACUUAUUAAGGCGUAGAACGUUAGUAAUGGGUCGGGCGCCAUUCGAAGACAUCCUGCCACGUCGGCCCCUUGAUAUGGACGUACCGGUUGCAACACAACUUGAUGAUAAUGACGACGACCCCCUCUUGAGUAUUUGUGGGGGACAAGAAUUUGGACUGCUAGCAACUGUAUCAGGAAAGGUAUAUUACUGCGGCAAAGGCAGUAGUCUCGGUUACAAAGCGGCAUCUGCUAACACAAAAAAAUGGACUUUAAUGAAAGAAACAACAGUCACGAAGAACGAAGCGCCGAAUGCAAAAAAAGCAAAAAUUGCUCAGGUGGCCGUCGGUCAUGAGGGCGUACACGCUAUAUUAGUACUAGACAACGGCACGGCUUUGUUUACCGGUGUGGCAAGACGAGGAGAAGAUGGUGAUGCGAUCAGACAUCGACGGACACCAAAACCUACAAGGCCUAAAAAGAUAUUCAAGGCUGAAGGACAUCACAUAGUUUAUGCGGCUUGUAACUAUGGCUCCACCGCUUUGGUAACGCGUCAAGGUCUCUUACUAAUGUUCGGAAAAGACACCCUGCAUUGCGAUUCGUCGGGACUAGUUCUCGGUCUCAGACACGAACGAGUCAUACAGGUGGCGCUAGGGAAAGCUCAUGCAGUUGUUUUAACGAGCUUCGGACUGGUCUAUACCCUUGGUAUAAACAAUAAGGGACAGUGCGGUCGCGAAUUUGGAUAUACAAAAGAAAAACCGUCUCAUUCUCGUCAUCAUGACGAGAACAAAGACGAAGCCCGCAUAUGCCAGACGCCGCAUAGCUGGACGACGGACUAUUGUCGCGUGUGCGUGCUCUGCUGCGAGUGCACGGGAUUCUCUAAUGCGUGCCAUUGCUCUCAUUUACCAAACAGAGUGCCCGGAGAAAAGUGUGGGUGCGGUGAAGGCGAUAGCGGCUGCAGCGUUUGUGGAAUUUGCCGUCGAUGUGCGGACGCGUUUGCCGCGGCCGGACGCGCCGAAUGUACCGAGCGUGUCUCGGACGCCGACGACGACGCGGACGCCGAGACAUCGACCGCAGCAGAAGCUAAGAAUGACCCGGAGCCAUCGAGGUAUACGCAAUACGAGGGACAUUCAAGCGGUCUAGACGAUAGAGACACCAGCUUCAAAGUGAGUUGUCUUCCGCCUGCUCGCGUGGCUGUGCCCGGAGGACACCGCGUCGCGGCCGUUGCGUGUGGGCUUCAUCAUACUGUGCUACUCACCGAACAUGGUGAAGUCUUGACAUUCGGCUCAAACCAGUUUGGUCAGUUGGGCGCAGGCGAUAUAUCAACACAUCAUCGAAUAAUCCGAGUAAAGGUACCUAAAGCUUCAGCCAUCGCGGCUGGCAGUAAUCACACUGCUGUCCUGACUAGAGAUGGAGAACUUUUCACUUUUGGCAGUUAUCAGAAAGGGUCACUCGGUCGUCCUUGCGAUGACGACGCGCCUCGCUCGGAGAGAGGUCUGAUAUGGUACGCUACCCCAGGGAGAGUACCCCGACUGGGUCCGCGGUAUUCAUGCAAGGCCGUUUGGAUUUCGGCUUCAGGGGACCAAACAUUCGUGCAAAUCUCUCAAGCUCUCAUCAAAACCGAUACGCUUUUCAGCUCGACCAUUACUUCCAACAAUAACUGUAUUCUGAUUCUUCCGAAUCGCCCGGAGCACACAUUUAAAUGUCUGACCAUCAAUAAGAACGACGGAACUUGUAAUGCUUGGACAGGUUCAGAACAAGUCGACUUUGUAAACACACUCGCGUGCCUCGAUCCGCUUUACGAUGUCCUGUGGUGCUACCAUCCUCAGGUGCAAGUGAUAAGAUGUUACAACAUACUAGCAUUCGAUGCGCACAAGAUACAGAGGUGCUGCAACAAUGACCCUGACGGUUACGAUGACGACAAUGAUUUCGAUUAUCCGAGCUGCGGAAACAUGAGGCGCUUGGAAGAUUUCAAGAACUUGGAGAGUUUCGAAGUGACAUGCAGUAAUGAAGAGAAGCCGACCGAUAUCGUGGCUCUAGUGAACAUGUCGGUUCUGAGCCAAGAGCUGGCUAUACCGUGUGCGCCAAAGUGUUCAAUCACACGAAUGCACGCGGUCCUGCAUCUGCUCGCGUGUCUCGACUCCCUGAACUAUGCACACGAUAACAAAUUGCAAUUUGACGUCAGGCUGAGUCAAGUGGAGUGUAAACGAGACAACGCGUCUGCUCCAGAGGCGUCCAUGAAAGAGGACUUCCUCACCGUGAACCGUUUCGAGAGCCACGGCGGAGGGUGGGGAUACUCUGGACAUUCCGUUGAAGCUAUACGGUUUAUGUGCGACACCGAUAUAUUGCUAGGCGGUUAUGGGCUGUUUGGGGGUCGUGGGGAUUACACUGCGAAGAUAAAGUUAUAUGACAUUGGACUUGACGGCGGAGAUCAAGAGGCUGAUGGUGAAUUGUUAGCCGAGAGCGACGAAAUUGUAUUCGAGUGCGCGCCGAGGGAUCGUUUCCCGGUACUGUUCGAAACACCAGUACCAAUAGUUGCAAACCGAUGGUAUUUGGCGUGGGCUUGCAUGAACGGUCCAUCAUCGGACUGUGGUUCUUCGGGACAAGCGAUGGUAAUAAAUGAUGAAGUCGGUUUCCAUUUCAAAUCCUCAAAGAAAUCGAACAACGGUACCGACGUUAAUGCUGGGCAGAUACCGUGCCUCCUGUACAAUAUUGCAACGCCCGAUCAUAAUCUUCCAAUGAGGAUUACCGACCCGGGAGAACCAAUAAUUCCUCUCAGUAAAAAUAUAUCAAGGAAAGUUACAGUGCCGUGCUUCAGAUCUUUAAUAUCACUAUUAACUUGGGGAUGGGCAUCUUUAAAAGAAUUCAUUUUGGACACGAACGGACAGAUUCCUAUUACCUACCAAAAACUGCUGUUGAUGAAGCAGCAAAAGCGAUUAGUGUACGUGGUGAGGUCUUGUCUGAGACUCGUGAAGUUCUACAUCAACGAAAUAUACCCUCAAAACAACAGAAAACGCAAUUCGCACGAGUAUAUGUCAUACUUUGAAUCCAUAGGAGAAGUGAGGAAUUUAAUACAAAUGAUAAUGGCCGAUUGUACCCCAACUUGCUCUCGGAUCCCAAGACGAGUGGGCAGGAUUAGGUCUAGUCGAGUUUGCUAUGUUCAGUUUGCGUUGGAGCUGAUGCAUUCAGUUUUCAAUGAGGCACACGACACGGUCACUGCCUGUUUUCACGCAUUCUUUCCGACGCCCACUUUAAAAUGGAACCACAUGUGCAGCCUGCUAUUUUAUGUAAAGGAGGGCACAGUGCCUCCUGCCCAAAUUCGUGAGCUGACGGCUACUUGUGCCGCGAUGUGUGUAUCAAGGAGUCUGCGAGAUGUUCUGCAAUACAUAGUUCCCGUCACUCAAAAUUAUCUCAUAACGCAUGAGAAUAAGCGCCCCGAUAGUAAAGUGGUUAUCAAAGAGAUGCCAUUGAAAUCGGCGACCGUACCUAGAUCAUCGUACGCCCAGAAGCCACCUCCUAUUCCGCCCAGAACGGGAAAUAUGGAAUCACCGAAGUUUCAAGAGACGACUGAAACGAAGCAGAACUUCAGCGACUGGCAUCUGUUGGAUGUGAUUACCAAACUACUCGAUAUUGUACUUCUUCCGAUCAAGCGUCAGAUGAUGACGCGUCCUUGCAACCAGCCUCACGAUCACGGCGAGAUCAAGCAACACGAACGACUCGCCGAGUUUUGCUGCAAACUUACCGUCAGAAUAGUCGCCGAACUUACCCACAGCACUGCCAAUAUUAGGGACGACGUGGACUCUAGUUCGGUGAAACACUUAGUGACGCCUUCGCGUUUUAUGCGCGUCAAUCAGUCGCGCGCCUGGAACACCGGCAACGGAAGUCCGGAUGCUAUAUGCUUUACCGUCGAUCGGUCCGGCGUUAUGUUGGUCGGGGUUUGCGUUUACGGCGGCCCCGGUAACUACGAAUACUCGAUCGAGCUGCUGAACGACGUCAGGCAGUCACGGUCGUCCCCGGAAGAAAUGAAUCCUGCUCAUUGUUGGGUUAGCGUCGAAGUUGCUCACGGCGCUUUCAGUGGAGCCGAGUGUCAGCACGAUAUGGUGCAGUUGAAAUUUGACCGCCCAAUACUUUUGAAAGAAGAGAUUCGUUACGCUAUACGACUAUGUAAUCAUGGUGGUCGAACGGCCAAUGGUGACUGCGGUCUUCCUUCGGUGAAGGGCCCUGACGGAACAACCUUCCGUUUUGCUUCUUGCUCUCUAAGCUUCAAUGGAACUACUCUGGCUCGAGGACAGAUACCUUGCCUCGUUUACUAUUCGCGUUCGUCUACAACUUCGCUCUGCAGCUCGGAGAGUACUGACUCUCUGGUCACCGCCCUUCGUACUAUAACAUUACGAGUGGCGUCCUUAGUAAUGGAGAGGGGCUCGGAGCUGUUUUGUACUUUGCGCAAUGAGCUUACGGCCGAGGAUCUCAAGAGGAAUGCCUCUGUGCUGCAACAAUCGCCAGCUAUCAAUACACUCAUACCCUAUACUCUGGCCAGCCUGGAUGGACUUGACGAUCCAAAGAGCGUAAUCAAAAUAUUGGAAAUGAUCCGGAAACUUUUACCACACGUGGGUGCUAUGAAUCUACUCGUGCCUUCCGUGGAGGAGACCAAUAUAAACACGACCGCGGCCCAAUACUACAGUUGGGUCGAAAGUGAGCACCCAUACAAGCAGGCGACUGUCACCAACAUGAGAGUGCUGUUUCCGACUACGGUGUCGUGGAUUGUAUUGGAGAUGGAUCCGAGGAGUAUAACAGCUCAGCCCGAAGACACGCUCACUGUAUUCGCUGUGGCUGGAGCACCGAAACACAAGUGUCAUUGUACUGAAGAGCCUCGUACCGAUAUACCGUUUAAGAAGCGUCUAGUACAUUUGGGGCCGGAAGGCGAUUUUGACGAUUACGUAGAAGCAGUUGACACGGACGCCCCGUGCAUGCAAUAUAACUGCACUUACGUCAGCGUCACACCUAAGCUCUCCAACGUAGCAACUGAAUGGCCGCAAAGGUCGUUGCUGGUGCCGGGAAACGAAGUGAUAUUUUCACUGGAAACAGCCUCAGAUUAUCUCACCGAAUACAAUAAAGCUAACAACGAAGAGAACCGUUUCGGUUUUCGUUGUCUGGCCGUUGGCUACGAGGAUUCCAACUUGACAUCGCAGAAGCAAGGUCUGGUCGCCCUAGAGAUGGACCUCAUGUUCACCGGUGCGGCGUGCGCUUCGAAACUGCUCGCACCCGAUCUUGAGAUACCUCCGAUGAGUUUCGCAACACUACUAGAAGUACAGCUUCAAGCAAUGAUAGGAGGCAACCCUACCGGAGGCGAGGACGAAACUCCCCAAGAUGCUUGCGAAACGCUUUUCCUAUCCCGGGGACUCGAUCUGACUUCACUUCCAACAGUUCAUCAAAUUUUUGAUGACCAAUCUCUUCAGCAGUGCAUAUCUACGGAACGUCAAUUUUUGUCUGACUUCGUUGGGGGCGAUGAAAACACAGCCGGUGGCCGCCUCGCUCGCUGGUUGGCGCCAACAUCUCGCGUCGAGCCCAACAAUUGCGAGUUGAAGGCACCGGCUGUACCAGCUAGGCCUGCUACAAGGGUAAUACUACCGGUUCUCGUGAGAGAUCAGUACGGAGACUACGUUGCUUCGCCGGCACUUAAAGUUGAGGUGGUUGUGCAGCGACUCGAAGGAAGCGGGGCCCGGGCCAGUAGGGCUUCAGGUCCCGGUAAUGACGAGGGCUUGCCUGAUAUACCAUAUCAGCCUACCGUAAGAGACAAUAUGUGCUUCCAAGCCAUCAGUAUGAUGAAGGCGUACCAGAACUUUUCGUUCGAAGAAAUUCGUUUCACUGCCGGGGCCUGGGGUCGGUCGAUGUCGAACGCUGUAGCGUUUGGAGGCACAGGACGCUCGCCGGCGGAGCGUCUCACCGUGCGCCAGCAGCUCGACGGUACAUUCUACGCUUCCUGGACCCCGAGGUCCCCGGGCACUUACGUAUUCAAAUGCACCCUGGACGAUCUACCCGUACCAAACGAAUUAACAAUCGACGUUGUCGAAUCAACGUACGUAGGUCCCGCCGAACGCGGAGCUCAACCGCUAGUUGCGGGACAAUCAUCACCUUCCUCGAGGGUGCGAAGUUUCACUGCAGAAAACAGCGCCGGUCUUCGAGUCCGGGCCAGCCCUAGCUUGCAGUCAGAAGAGUUAGGUCGCAUCCCUCCCGGAGAAAACAUAAUGUUCGUGGAGGAGGUUGUGAACAAAGAUGGAACGUGGGUACGUUUGAGUUUGGAUUGCGCGAAUCUAUAUGCCGAGGAAAGUUCGGGCGUGGCCUGGUGUCUCCAGCACAACAGACAUCUCGACCGAAUUUUGCUGGAGCCAGUUGAGCCUAGUAGUCCCAUACCGGAAGAAGAGGAAGGUGGCUGGAGGGGCGCAGGUGAGAUGAGAGACGAAACGCUCUCGUGGAGUCAGGAUGAAGACUGCGAGGGGGCUGCAGCAGAUGGCCCCAGCGGGAUCGAUCACAGACUCCCUCUAACUGAACUAAACGACGAUAGUGACAGCGGGUCAAGUGCCAUCGCACAGGCCAUGGAGCUUUGUAAAAGAAAUCAAAGUCGCGAAGAUCUCUGUUCCUCACCGUCAUCGGCUAUUCAGCGUCGCAGCAAUGGAAAUAAUGACGACUGGUGCCCCCCCAGUAAGAGAUCGAGCGACAACUUCAGAGAUGUUGAUACCAUACUCGAGACGGACAUCGAACCGGAUGGCGAUGACUCUGAGCAAGACAAGCGCUGCGGCAGUCGCAUGGCACAAGCCGGCACACAGACUUCACCGGAGAGCGUUGACGAUAUGCUGGUUCCAGUGCAUUUGUUCGCGACCGGACCGAAGGAUGGUCGUGUCAGUCCAAUGCCGGUGCCUCGCGAGCGAACACCGGCGCGGUCUCGUCCGUAUCGACGCGCCAGCCCCCCGCCCCCGCCGCCGUCUCGCUCCGUGCCCGCCCCCCCACCGCCGAAGAAGCACGCACUCAGCCCGGCGCAGGCCGAAACUCUUCGAUGUAUUUUCGCAGCACUUUUAUGGCACGAAGGUAUCGUACAUGACGCAAUAGCAUGCGCGGCAUUUUUAAAGUUCCACCCGCAGCUGCCGAAGCAAGGGACACGUGUGGUGACGCGAUCGUCUCACGAUUUCAGCCUGGCUCGUAACCAGAGGCACUCCGUUGAAGUCUCCAACGCGGGGCAGUACCUCAACAUAAAUCCCUCGACUUUGGAGACAUUAACUCGCUCCGGAAUCGAAGCUAGCGAGAGUCGAGCCCGAAAAGCUGAUGUGGACGUCCAAAUGAAUGAAGAUUAUAUGCAACCGCAAUGCAGCACUUCAACGGAUCCAGUUCCCCCUCCGGCUGUAGUGAAUGUGUUGCCUCCCGCAUUGCGCGCUCUGGUGGCUCUGUGGGACGCUCUCUACGAUGCAGAUCAACUAUCUGCCACCACCGAGAAGAACAAGAGGGGAGUACCACAAGAUAAGCCCGAAUCAGAGGAAUUGCGACCGCUUUUGUUAAGGAUCAAACGGGAUCUGGCGCGACGCCAGACGACCAAGACCCCGUACGUAGUACAGUGCGAGCUGUGCGGGGGCUCGAACGUGCCGCCGCCGCUGGCCGCGCACAUGCGCCACGCCCACCCGGGCUGCCGAGCCGUCACGCUGCAUGGAUACGACCGCGCUGGCACCUACAGGGAGGCCGAGCCGCAGGCCGCCACCGCCGACACCCCGGUCACGGCGUGUGGACAACUCGCCCAAGCAUACGAACUAUGGUACAUCUAUUGCGAGAGGUGCAGAGAGAAAACUCUAAAAGCCAAGUCGAAGUCGGCCAUGAACAUGUCGACCGAACGACUAGACAUGAUUCCCGGAAUUGAUCACAAUGUGAUGAAAGAGAACGCUUUGUUCCUCCUCGAUUUGGCUCCACUCACUGAUUCAGAACCUCUAAGCGUGUCUCCAUGGAGCGAGAACUUGAGUCGAAGCCCCCCGACUUCGCCGGGGAGCGUAUGGCAACCGGCGCCUCCCUUCCAAUGCCUACAAGCACUCGGCGCUGAGCCUAAAGAGAACGACAACAACGACGCCGCCAAGUAUCACUCGCUAGGACGUCCGCAACCCCCUGCCAUCGCUCCUACAGUGUCGAAUUUCGCCGCUCCGGAGGCCAGCCUUGGUUUCCAGCCCCGAGUCCACCGUUCUGUGUCUAUGGGACAAGCCGGAGGAGACCUCGCGGCAGCCGCCCGACCUCUGCUCACUCGCAAGUUGCGUAGCGAUUCGCAUGACACCGCCACCGGUAGUGGAUUGUCACUGCUCUCGCAACCGAGCAAGGCGCUGAAGGGUCUACUCAGCUGCGGCGAUUGGAGUGCCACGGACUGUCCUUUGUCCGCAUUUGAAGCCCCUCGACUAGACUCCAACAUUAUAAUGAAAAGGCCGGUGCUGAGCUUCGUGCUCGCAAAACGCGAUUUGGCCGCUCACAGAGAGAAAAUGGACGCGGCCGUCAGGAUUAACAUUGUCAGACAAUACGCGUUUGAGGCCCUCAAUUGGCUGCUUCGUUCAGCGACACAGCCAAUCUGCGCCCACGAUGUUAUGUGGUGGUUCUGUACAGCUUUGGAAAAGUUUGCCAGGAUCGUACCACCACCGCACAUUGUUGAAGAUAAUAAGGAGAAUGCAGUAGCAGAGCCGAUACGCACGGUCCCGCCAACCGCUUCGACGUCCGCCAUCUGCCCCGGCGGCCGAGCAGCCCGCGGCGCCCGAGCUGCUUUCCACUCGUUCCUGGGCUCCGUCAGUACUUUAGCACCAUCGCUACCACACGCCAGUGCCGCGAGUCUGCAGGCCAUACGAUGCUGGGCGCUCCACUACUCCAGCCACGAUCGGGCUUUCUUGCACAGAUCGCAAGUGUUCAGUGUAAUCAGCAAGAUAUUAUCUCGUUCUGAGGAAGGCGUCCACGACGACGGCCCACAUUGUGCCAUACACGACAGCUUCCAUAGCUAUUUGAAGGAGAAUCAUGUAUGGAGCUCUUCCGACGUGACUGGCUGGUGCGAUAUUACGGUAUCUUCACGUCAAGGCAUGGCCGGCGCCUUAACCGACGGCAGCACGGAGACGUUCUGGGAAUCAGGCGACGAAGACAGGAACAAAGCAAAGUGGAUACAAAUCUCUUACCCGGGAGGCUCGCACGAUGAUCGCCCGCACAUUGUGUGCGUCCACAUCGAUAACACAAGGGACACUGUGAACAAGACGCUGCUGAUGACGUUCCUGUACAGCUCAGGAUCCACUGAGUUGAUCCACAUGCAAGACAUAGAAGUCGAUCCGAAGGUCGCUACUUGGCUCUGCUAUACUUUACCACGUGUGUCUACCACGUCGCUGCGCGUUCGAUGCGAGCUCCGCGGUCCCGAAGCGGCGGUUCGAAUCCGCCAGGUCCGGGUCCUGAGCGCGCCGACGCUCCUCCAUUCAGCCGCCGUGACAGCGCCGCAAGUGUUGCACGGACUCUGCGAAACGGACACCCUGCGAGUUUUCCGCUUGUUGACUUCUCAGGUGUUCGGGAAGCUCUUGGAAUGGGAGCAGUCUAGCGACGCGAGCGCCGAAGCCGCGGUAGCAAUCGACGAUGGAGUUGCCAACGACGACAGCGAUCUCAGAGAGCACGUUGUUGGCAUCCUAUUCGCUGGACACAAACUUACAUCUCUGCAACGACAAGUGAUGUCUCAUAUAGUAAGUGCGAUCGGAUGUGAGACUGCCCGCGUGCGCGAUGAUUGGGAGACAACUCUGCUUUGUGUCGAACCCACGGAUAGUGAAUGGGAGGAGUCGCCAGCCGCCAAACACGUGGGGUCGCAGCAGGACAACUACUGCUUUGAAAUGCUCUCGCUGUUAUUGGCACUCAGCGGCAGUGCAGUGGGUCGAGUACAUCUUGCUCAGCGCACGGAACUACUAUCUGACUUGUUAUCUCUGCUUCACACUGGUAGCGAACGCGUACAAAGACAGGUAAUAUCGCUCUUACGUCGAUUGGUCAUAGAGCUACCGCCCCAGAAGAUGUUAGCGGCCGUCAAUUAUGGUUCCGAUCCGAUUAGCAGGGUAACUUUACUCGACCAUCUGGUUUGCUAUUUGGGCAAAGCGAUCACAGUUCAAAUGAAGGUGAAAGGUUCAAGUGGAUCGGCCCCAGCUACCGUUAUGAUGGGGGGCAGUAUGGUGUCCUUGUCCGCGAGUAAUUGGUUCAUGAGAGGCGAGACUACCAAAAAACACGCACAUUUGGUAGCUAAACUUCUAUCUGACAUGGCAGAGGAUAAAUUGGCUGGUUCAUGGGGCCUAGAGACACGUACCCAAUUAGCCAACUACGUAUGCGCCAUAUCGCAAGUAUCCGAAAAAGAGAGACAGCCGGCGCUUUGCAUCGCGUCCCCCACUAUCUGGAUGGCGCUAGCUUCCCUGUGCGUGUGUGAACAAUCACAUCUAGAUCUCGUCAACAGUUCUGGAGACGGGCGCGGAGCUCGUGGUCGAGACUCUUCCUCCGAGACUCGUCCUCUGUGCGCCAACCACGACGACGGCGCCACAGCGGCGGUCAUAGACUGCCGCAAUUGUGGACCGCUCUGUGCUGAAUGCGAUCGAUUCUUGCACCUAAACAGGACCGCCAGGACUCACCACAGACAGAUCUGCAAGGAGGAGGAGAGCGCUAUACGCAUCGACAUACACGAAGGCUGUGGACGCGCGAAACUGUUUUGGCUAUUGCUCCUGGUCGACAGGCGUACGCUGAAAGCCUUAGCCGAGUUCAGAGGAAUGGAAGGUGGAGUCUGUGAAGCCGGACCAUCAUCUGAGGGACCGGCCGUGGCUUCGGGACCGGUGGCUCCCUCUGGAACGUGUCGCUUUUGCGGGGCCAGAGAAUCUACCGGCAUACUCACCAUCGGAAAUAUCUGCGCCGAUCAACAAUGUCAGGACCAUGGUCGGGAAGCAUGUAAUGUCAUCCUCGCUUGCGGUCACCUGUGCGGUGGAGUUCGGGGAGAGCAAACCUGUCUGCCGUGCCUACAUGGGUGCGCGGGCGUCUCAGCUGGUGAGGCAGCGCCACUGAGACAGGACGCGGACGAUAUGUGCAUGAUUUGCUUCACUGACCCCUUGCAGGCCGCCCCUGCGAUACAGCUAACUUGCGGGCAUGUGUUCCAUCUGCACUGCUGCAGGAAGGUGCUCGUCAAUAAGUGGAACGGUCCCAGGAUUAGUUUCUCGUUCUCGCAGUGCCCAAUUUGCAAGGAGGACAUAAACCACUGGACCCUUGAAGAGUUGUUAACACCUAUCAGGCAACUGCGUGAUGAAGUGAAACGCAAGGCACUAAUGAGACUCGAGUACGAGGGCCUGUCUGCUCCGGGCGGGACCAAAGGACGCAAUGUUUCCGAUCCGGCUUCCUACGCCAUGGACAGAUAUGCUUAUUACGUCUGUCAUAAAUGUGGCAAGGCCUAUUUCGGCGGGCUGGCUCGUUGUGAGGCCGAGUCGAAUGGCUGGUGGGAGCCGGCUGAGCUCGUGUGCGGCGCUUGCAGUGACGUCACCGGCGCUAGGACUUGCCCGAAACACGGAGCCGACUUUCUCGAGUACAAAUGCCGGUAUUGCUGUUCGGUUGCAGUGUUCUUCUGCUUCGGCACGUCGCACUUCUGCAACGCCUGCCACGACGACUUCCAGCGCGUCACACACAUACCGCGACAUCUGUUGCCUCAAUGUCCAGCAGGUCCUAAAGGUGAACAGCUGCCGGGUACAUCGGACGAGUGUCCUCUGCACGUGCAACAUCCGGCGACCGGCGAGGAGUUCGCGCUCGGCUGCGGCGUGUGUCGGCACGCGCAAGGCUUCUAAACGCAACGUGGUCACACUCGCGCCCCUAUAACACGCCUCCGCCGCGAAACUGCUUUUUGUACCACAUCUGUGAUUUUGCUCUAUCGGCUAUCUAGCAUAUCGACGCUUGAAAGGCAAACGUGACUAAGCGGCAAUGACUGCUUUAUACAUAAAUGAUAGGCAAUAACCAUAUUCGAUGCGCAAAAAAAAUAUUUCUAGGUCUAUUAAAAUCAUUUCAAUCCCACAGCUGGAUUCGUAAAAAUAUAAUUUAUUCAGGUAUUUCAACUUUAAAUUAGUCUACUGUAAAGUUCACGCAUUGUCGCUUAGUCACGUUUGCCUUUCAAGCGUCGAUAUGAUUACAAUACGACCUCUGGUUUGAACGUCUUCGCAAAUAAGUUCAUUUUUGAAAAAUUUUUGAAAAGUUUUUGAUUCACAGUAGACAAUUUGGUUUUCCUGGUAUUGCUGAUGUCCAUGGGCGACGGUAACCUCUCACCACCAGACGGGCCGUAUGCUCGUCUGUCUAUAAGGGCAAUAAAAAAAAACAUUAACGAAUUCAAUAUGCUCAUUGAUUUGAUAUUUGCCUUAAACCAAACUAAAGUCGGUCUGAUGUCAUGUUUAUUAGAUCGAAAGGAAUUCUAAUUAAAAGUAAUUCGGAAAUGUCUCAAGUAGCGAUUGCGCGAUUUUGUAUGAAGUUGCAAUAGCGCCCCUAGCGGCAAAUGAACGGAAAGUGUUCCAAUUAUAUACAAAUUUGUCGUACUAACCAUAUAGAAGGUGUAACGUGGGUAGGUGAACCGAAGAUUUGUCGAUGGUCACUUGAAUCGACUGGAUGUAAGACCGGUGGUCGUGAUGGUGAGGCUUGGGGAAGGCCAAUGUUCAGCAGUGGACAUCUACGGGCUAAUAAUUAGUUAAUUCUGAUAAAAUUAAAUUUAAUAAUUUCAACAACAACAACAAAAAACCUACAUAAGAAACAGAAUAAUUUAUGAAACCAUUUGUAUAAUUAGACUUUACAAUAAACAAAUUUUUUUUUUUUUUAACGUGUAUUUCAAAAAAUAUCCUGGACCCAGAUAUUACGAUUUUUAAUGUUAAUAACACUAUUUAGGUUUUCUAUGAUUAUUGGUUUUCUUCUUAGUACUGAUCUCGUUAUGUUAUCCGAAUGUAAAUCGUAUGAAGAUAAUGAUCCAGUAAGCUAUCCUAAGCUUGUUUCAAGGAUGUCGCAAAAUUGAUUUCCCGGCGGAGAUGUGUUAAAGGCCUCAAUCACUCAACUAUAACGUUUUUAUUCAAUUACCAUAAAUCGAAAGCUUCGUUGAACAACGAUGAAUUCAAAGAGCCCAAUUUUAAAAGAGAUAAUGGCGAUAUAUAAUAUAUCAUAUAUUUAAGUCGUUAUAUUAUAGUAAAUUGGAAAUAUUUGUGUUUUUUUUUUAAGAAACAUAUCUCAUUUCAGGGGCAUCGUUGUUGUACGAUACUGGCAAUGUAAUUUACAAACAAUUAUGUUAUAUAUAAAACGAAAGUAACUGAAGUACUUCUGAAUUAAGACUGAGAUAGGAUGCCUAGCAUAAAUCACAAGACCUAUCUUUCAUUCUUCGUCAAUUCGCGCCAUAAGUCAAAUAUUGUACAACCUAAACUGUAUCUAUCGAACUUACGGAAAUGUCUUUGAUUAAGACGGGUAUUUGAAAGAAAGUUAUUUUUUAAGAAAUAUUUUCGUUUACCUUUCUACGCAAUAGUUUUGUUUAGACUUAAUGACUUUAGUUUAUUUAUCGACUGGAAUUGAUAUAAGAAAUAUUAGGCGGGCGGACUAAGCCAUCCGUCCUUGUUUGUCUUUAAGAAUUAGAAAGUGAUAAAUGUUAUACGCGGGUAUUGCGAAGAAAAUAAUGUUUAAUGUAUGUAAGUGUUAAUAUGCCUAGCUUAAGGGAUGUGCGAAUGUAGAUUAUCUUGUCGCAUAUUUGCCAAUUUUUCGGGUGCGAAAGAGAUAGAGAACGAUGUAGGUAAAGCAUGCAAAAGUCGGUUUGGUUGGUCGAAGAAAAUAUUCCCAAAAUAUUCUUUACAAUUUAUUGAUAACAGCCAUCAUAGUAAAAUAUCUAAAUUUCGCACAUUGAAGUUUUAGUUGAAGUAUCUGUUGUUUUUUUUUUAAAUAUUAAUAUCAUUAAUGACAUCGAAAAUACCGGUUUUGUGUGAUAUCAUCAAUUUUGAAGGUUACCUUCUUUUCUGAUUCUAAAACACGUACCUACGUAAUCAAAGCAAUUGACGAUUAAACAUACAAGUCAACGAUCGAGUCGCUUAGCUUAGCUUAGCUUAGCUAGUCGAGCUUAACAAAUCCAAGUCGAGUGCGUGCAAUGCCGUUCACCACAACCCCAUACGUUCAUCUCGGAUAUUCAAAUUAAAAACUAUUGUAAUCAUUUAUUUUGUUGUACAGCGAUAACCCUUGUACAAAGCGAUUGCCAGCGCCUUGAGACAUGAGGUCGAAGUGUCAAUAGCAUGGUCAUUCUAUCGUUCGAAUUGAGACGCACGAAUACUCGGCGACAGAAUAAGGCCGAAUGAUGUUACCAUCUCGAGCGAUGUGUCCAACAGUAAUUACCGACAUUUUUGGAAUUUGGUUCAGUUAAAUCAUUUAUCUCGGAAACCGCUUAUAAAAUACAUACGAUUUACAACUAUUUAAUGUGAUUAUUUAGAAUUUUUCUGGCUUUGAUUGAACGACAACAUAGUCUGACGAUAACGAGUACACGGGAACUCUUACGUACAACUAACAAGGCCGCGGUCGCUUCAGUAAAUACGAUAUCAUUAAAUAACCACUCGGAUCUCUAUAAGCCCGUUAUUUGAGCAUUAUCAUACGGUUUUAUUUCUUUUUAUUAUUAUAUGAAUAAAACUUUUUGACGGUCUUCUUGUAACGGGCUUAUAAAGCCACAAUAACUCACUAUGAAUAUAUAAACAUAGAUGUUUAUUGUUCAUCAUAAUUAAAAUGUAUGCAACAGAAUAUUGAGAUUAUGCAGGGAGUGUAAUGGGUGGUUUUAUUGGUAAUGCCACGCAUCUAAAUAAUCGUUAAUUAAAAGCCCCCAAAGAGAAACCGAUGACGGAAUCUAGUAUGGACAACAGAAGUUUCUGGAAUAUUGAAAUUGGCAUACUAUGCGUUGCAUUGCCAAAUACAUUAAAUCAAAUAAUAUAAUAUAUUCCCGACUUAGAGGGCGGUAGAGAGGAGGUAGAGGUCUCAUGCUUAUAAGCGUAUUUGAAAUUUAUUAAAACGCAAAUAUAAGCGGUAGAUUUUAAUCAUGUCAUUUUAUACAAUUAUAUCGCUUGGAAUGAAUGUGCGUUAACGUAAUCAAUAUAUAACAUUGCGUAGUUUCAUUAUGAACGUUUAUAAACGUCGCCGUGUCCUGCUUCAAUUAAAAAUCAAAUUCGUCUCUUUUACAAUAGGUAUGUGUGAUUAUUACUACAUUAUCCAUUAUUCGAAGUAUGUAGGUAUUAUUUAUUUAAACUUAAGUACUAAACAUAAAAAUCCUAGGAUAGAAUUUUGAGAUGUUUUUACCGUGUGCGUUUAUGAGUUAUAAUGCGGUUAUAUAUAUAUAUAUAUAUUUAGUGCCGUUAUACCAGAAAAUAAUAUGCGAGUUUUUAUUUUAUCCUCAUCAAUGCCAAUAUUUUUCAUGACCAAUAUAAUUUCGAAGUUUAAUUCCCUUCCUUUAUGAUUGGUAACUUAACAAGUACAUCAAUGUACGUAUAAGACCCGUAUUUACUAUUUAUAAUUAUGAAUAUUCACGCUUAUACAAGUAGAUUUAAGUAUGUGUCUACACGAUAUUCUUAUAUGACAAUGGAAUUUCUAUUAGUAGGUUAUUAUUAAGGAAUACGUAUCAAGUUAAUUUAUAUUAGUUUAUUUUAGAAUUGUGUUAGAAUUGAAAUAAAUUUGGUGUAUUCGUUUAAUUUUUUUUUAUUAGUACGUAAUCAUAUUUUUACUACUAGAUUUAGGUAUGUGUUGAAUGUCUAUGUAAAACCCAUUAAAAUAUCGAUGUUUUCAUUAAAAUUAACCUACAUACAUUAUUAAAUAUCACCGUCUCAACGUCAUAAUCUCUCCAAACAGUAUGUUUUACGUUUGCUAAGAUGCAAUCAGCAUUUAUUUUAAUGGGGAUCGUAGCCGUAACUAAAAUCGGAUAUGUAGCAUCGCAUCCCUAAUACAUGUGUAACAAAUAUUUAGUAUUUAUUUAAGAUCAAUCAAUACAUUUACAAUAAAGGAUGAAAAAUAA